GAAAAGACUCUGGAUUUGUGUUUUGUUUGAAUCAAUCAACGCAGUACAACAUAAAAUACUAAGAAAGAAAGGGCAUUGGAAUUACUACCCAGAAGUACUGACUAAGAGACUGAGGAUAUAGGACUAUUUCACUUGUUGACUGCUGGUCAGUUAGCUGGAUUCUCUUCACAUGACUAUUGACGGUGGCUCGAUGCAAGUUGGAGAAGUUCGUGUWGCGAGAGCGGAAGAUUUUGAACAGUUUCGUCGUUUAGCGGAAAGUACUGAGAAAUGGUCAUUGUUAUAUGACAGACAUGGAAUUAAAGUCUAUUCCAAGUUUACGGAAGGGAUUUCGGUUAAAAUGUUGAAGGUUGUGACCAACUUCAAUGAAAUUCCAUUUAUGGUGAUGUACGAUGUUCUUCAUGAUCCAGAGUACAGACGGCAGUGGGAUGAAAACAUGAUAGAGUGUUAUGAACUAUGCCAGUUAGAUACUAACAAUGACAUUGGUUAUUACUCAGUGAAGUGCCCAACACCAAUGAAAAACAGAGAUUUUGUGACUCAAAGAUCUUGGUGUUGCAGACCUGACGAGUUCUUCAUUAUAAAUCACACUGUCCACCACAAGGCAGUUCAUAUCAAAAAAGGUUUUAUAAGAGGAGAUUCCAUACUUACUGGAUACCAUGUUAAACAUAAAYCUUCAGGCUGCUCUAUCACAUAUGUYACACAAGUGGACCCCAAAGGUACCCUUCCUAAAUGGAUUGUUAACAGAGUGUCAAGCAAAAUAGCACCCAAGGUUGUGCACAAACUCUAUAAAGCCGCUUGUGGGUAUACAGAAUGGAAAGCGAAUCAUAAUCCUGACUUCAAACCUUGGCUCAACCCAGACCAGAAUAAACUACCGAUGGUCAACAAAGAUGACUUGGAAUUCAAUAACUAUGUAGAAAGCCAAGCUGAAGAGGAAGARCAAGAAUCAGAGUUUAUAAGAGAUGACCCUGAAACUUACUCUAGUGAGGACAACCUGGAUGAAUUUUUAUGACACMAAGGUUUAAGAAAAUGAACGUUUAAUAGCACAUAAAUCAACAGAUGUAUUAUUUUUGCUAGUGAAUACAGGAUAUGAAGAAAUUACAAAUUAAUUACUGAUAUUYGAGAUUUUCCUUGCAUUUGGUUGAAUAAUUUAUUUAUAGUGUUAUUUGAUUUCUGUUGAAAUGAUUGUUUAGUAUCGGUAGAUAGUAGCUGAAUUCCCUUUGAUAUACUACUUGCCAACACAUACUACUGUCAAAAUAAUGUACUUUUUGUAUAUUGUAGCRAUUAGAAACCAAAUAAUAUUAUAAAAGUGAAGAUACAAAACCCAUAGACAAAAUCCAAAUGCCAAAGUUGUAAUCUGACAAAUAGUUUUGUCAAUAAAUAGACAUAAAAGAAUGACUUAAUUUCCUAUAGGUUUUGUGACUUCACCAUUAAAUAAUACUAGGUAAGAUUAGGAUAGAGUCAAGCCUUGUAGCAUUUUGGGGGGGUUUUUCUCUCUCACAGUUACGUUUUUCUUUCUUAAAAGUUUGUGUUGAGAUUGCAUUUAUUGUUCUUGUUUAUCAUCAUUCAUUCUCGUUGUGUCAAAUAAUGUAAGCAAAUUACUUUUUCGUCAGAAUUUAUCUGUAAAUUGCUUUCCGUAGUUUAUUUGGCUCUCGAGUCUGUAUGUCAUGGAGCUAAUUUGUUUCACCGAUGCAUUAGUUGAACCCCUAAAAUGCUUUCAAUGGUUGCAUUGUUUUUGUAUCUGCUAAUCUUGCUGGUUGAGAAAGCAGUAAUGUUAUUAUUUGAUUCAACACAAUAAUAUUUAUAAUACACAUGUUGGCACAUAAGGCUUAAAUGAUUGAAAGUUGGUGUCARCAUUGCAUAAUUAUAUAGCUGAAAAUAACCUUAUCAGAAGAUGAUUUUGUCUUCCAAAUAAGCAAAUGUGUAAAGUUUUAGUCAUGGYAGAGGUUGCAUAGCGAGAAAAUUAUGGAAGGAAACUGUUGGUACUGAUAGUAUUGGUGGGAAUUGACACACACAAAACUUUCAGUGUUUGGAUUCUGUUGCUAAUGUAUUUUCACAGAUGUAAUAUUAAAUGAUAUAAUUGUGCUGGACACGAUUAUAUUGCAGUUUAAAAUUUCAAAACAAUCACUUCACAAUUAAUUCUUGUACACCUCUUUGUAGCAGAAAUAAUGUUAGAGUUUAAGACAAAAUAAAAUAUAUUUUGAAGGGAAGA